AUGCGCUAUAUCAUCCAAAAGAUCUCUGCUACUAUGUUAUGCCCCUAUUUUCAGGAAAAGCCUGUUCGGCAAAUGCUUGAAAAGCCAGUGGACCCAGCUGUGGCAGCAGAGUUGCAAGCUCAGCGUGAUCGCGAGAAACUACCACUCGAAGAACGGCUUUUGCAAUUCAAGACGAUGCUUGGAGAAAAAGGCGUGGCCACCGGUAGCACCUUCGAAAAAGAACUGUCGAAGAUCGUAUUCGACCCGCGGUAUUUGUUACUGAGCGCCACGGAGCGGAGAGCGUGUUUCGAUGCUUACGUUCGUGAAAAACUAGAACAAGAACGUGCUGAGAAGAAAAGGCGUAUGAAGGAAGCUAAGGAGAAGUUCCAAGAGUUGCUUGCUGAAGCUGAACUUCACGGAAAGUCGUCAUUCUCUUCGUUUGGUUCGAAGUUUGGUAAGGAUCCUCGCUUCAAGGCAGUUGAGAAAAUGCGUGAUCGUGAGGAUCUAUUCAACGAAUUUGUCGGUGAACUGCACAAAAAGGAGAAGGAAGAACGAAGAGAGAAGAAAGAAAAGGCAAAGAAAGAGUAUCUUGCAAUGCUUGCUGAGCAGACGAGCUUCACACGGAAGACGAAGUGGUCGACGGCGAAAAAAUUACUCGAAAAUGACGAACGCUUCAAAGCGGUGGAGAGCUCAUCUUCAAGAGAACAGAUGUUCCGCGAUCACGUGGAGAAACUCGGAGACGAAAGCCUCUCGGAUAUUGAAGAAGAAGCAGAGCGUGAGAAACGUCUUGCCGCUGACGCUGCAAUUGCAGCCAGACAGCGAGAGGUCGAAGCUGAGUUGGGUGAUAAGCUCCGUGAACGCGAUUUGGAAAGCGAGAAGCAUCGAUUGCAAGAACACCAAGAAAGAUUUAACGCCCUCCUUGUAGAUUUGAAAGUGGAGCGUGACUACAGAGACUGGCAGGAGAUGCGGCAUGACAAUGCAGUGCGUGAAUUCAAGGAUCUUCUCAAAGAAACGAAAAUCAUCACCUACAAGAGUAAACGCAUGAUUGAAGAGAAUGAACAACAUUUGAAAGAUAUUCUCGCAGUUCUUGAGAACGAUAAGAGAUGGAUGCGCAUGUCGGAGAAUCACGCAUCGGAACGCGAUCGCAUUUUGGACGAGUACAUAGAGGUACUGCACCGUAAGGGAACGCCUCCUCCUCCAACCCAGCAAGAGCGCGAAAGGCGUCGAAAGGAUGUCGUGGCGUGA